AUGCGCUGUGAAAAUUUGCGUACCCUGGUAGUUUUGGAUUCUUAUGCUCGCGAUAUUUCCAUUGGCUGGAGAGAGAUUUUGCAGUGGAAAUAUGUUAGGACAUUAACCUGGUUGGAAAGUGGGAUUUGGGCAAUUCCAAAUGAGAUAAGUGGAUUGAUCCAUUUGAGGUAUCUUGAUUUAUCGGAGAACGGGAGGUUGGAGGAAUUACCGGACACCAUGGAGCUAAGGGGAAUAGAGAGACUAACAAAUCUGCAAACGCUAGAUGAGUUUUAUGUCCAAUAUGGUGAUGAAGGAAACAAGUUGGAGCAUCUGAAAAACUUGAACCAGCUUCAAGGACGUCUUACUAUUACAUAUCAGAGACAGAGAGGACCGGGAGUGGGAGAUGCAGCGAUCAUGGUGAAUAAGGUGCACCUCCUUCAUUUGGUCUUAAAUGUUGAAGGUGCUUUGCGAUGGAAUGAUCUGAUGGCCCUGCAACCACCUCCAGGUUUGGAAUCUUUGGGAAUUGAUCGUUAUAGGGGCAUCCCAUUGUCGACCGAUUGGUGGUCGUCUUUACACAGCUUGAGACUGCUUACACUUUCCCGGUGUGGUUUUUUGCCUUCGUUAGGAAAUCUGGCAUCCCUUGAAUCAUUGAAUAUGAAGUAUGUUAAUGUGAGAAAGGUAGGAGUUGAGUUUUUGGGAAUACAUGAUCAGGAUCAAUCAGAAGCUAGCCGGAGGAGGCACACGUCAUUCCCGAAAUUGAAGCAACUCACCUUCGACGACAUGCCGAUCUGGGAAGAGUGGGAAGGAGUGAAGGAGGAUUCUGAGAAAAUGGCAAAAAUAAUGCCAUGCCUUUCCCAGUUGACAAUUUCUGGGUGCUAUUCACUCGAAGCACUUCCGGAAUUCCUGUGGAAGACACCACUUCAGAAAUUGCACAUCAGAAAAUCUCGAAUUCUCCAGAAACUAUACAGACAAGGAAUAGGUGAGCAGCGGGACAAGAUUUCUCACAUCUCAACCAUCAAUGUUGAAGAACCCUGA